ACCCGGAGUAAUAGAAUAUUUUCAUAACAAUAUCAGAAAACAGGUGCCUGUGAACUUUUAUAAAUACUUACAAUUUGUGUUAGUUAUAAAUUUUCACAAUGAGAAUAGGCACGCCAGUAUGUAUUUUAGAUAAUGGAGGCUACACUGCUAAAGUCGGCGUAUCCAGCAGCGAUUCGCCACGUGACGUAUUUUUCUAGUGUAAUCCCGAAUUGUAUAAUGAAGGCAAAGAGCGAGAGGAGACGGGCGUUUAUUGGCAAUCAAAUUGAAGAGUGCAGGGAUGUGUCUGGUUUGUAUUUCAUGCUACCGUUUCAGAAAGGCUACCUCGUCAACGGGGACGUACAGAAGACCGUAUGGGAUUACAUUUUCUCAAAGGACUGUUGCGGCGUGAAUCUCAACACCUCCUCGCUGAUCAUUACAGAGCCGCUCUUUAACUUUUCGUCCAUUCAGGAAGCUAUGAAUGAAAUUUUAUUCGAAGAGUACGAAGUUGCUAGCUUGCUUAAGGUCAAUCCAUCGACCCUGUCAUGCUAUAAUUACAGACAUAAGCAUCCUACCUCCAAAUGUUGCAUAGUAGUGGAUGUAGGAUACAGUUUUUGUCACAUUGUACCAUACGUCAAUGAUAUGAAGAUCAAAGCUGGUAUAAGAAGAAUAGAUGUUGGUGGUAAACUGUUGACUAAUCACCUGAAAGAAAUAUUGUCUUACAGACAGUUGCAUGUUAUGGACGAGACUUACGUUGUUAAUCAAGUGAAAGAAGACUCGUGCUUUGUGUCCAAGAACUUUUAUGACGAUAUUGAAAUCGCGAAGAGUCUGAAUCUGGAAGAGAACAGUAUUGUUAAGGAUUAUGUCCUGCCUGACUUUACCACGAGAAAUAGAGGGUACCUUACAGAACCAAACACUACCGACGAUCAGCAGCAGAUUUUGAGGAUGAAUAAUGAGAGAUUUACAAUCCCGGAAAUUCUUUUUCAUCCUUCCGAUGUAGGUAUCAAACAAAUGGGAAUUCCAGAAGCUAUAAUGGACUGCUUGAAAGCUUGUGAAGAAGAGACUUGGCCUCAUUUGCUGGCAAACAUCGUUCUUACUGGUGGAAGUUGUAAGUUUCCAAACUUCCAAGAAAGAGUAUUAAAGGAAAUUAGAAGCCUUGCUCCCGAUGAUUACACAGUCAACGUUUACUUGCCAAAGGAUCCCAUAACUACUGCAUGGGAAGGUGGUAAGCUUCUAUCCAACGAUGCAGGGUAUUCAAAUUUAGUUGUAAAGAGAGAAGAAUACGAGGAAGAAGGCCAAGCUGUAUGUUACGAUAAGUUUGACAUAUGAAACGGUAUUUCUUAUUUUUUAAACUUUUUAAAUCAAAGUAGA